UAGUUUUAGGUUGGUAAUGUUGGUAGUUAUGUUUCGAUCUAGUGGGAAAUGUAGCCGGCCCUUGGUCCAUUUUCAUCGAAUUUUCGUGCAAAACUCGUGAAAAUUGUGACUAUUCAUAUUGAAAAACGUUAUUUACGUGUCAUUAGUGAUGUAGGAAUGUACUCGGGCAGUGAUUCGACCGAAUCUCAGACCUACCCUCAAUGGGCCCUCAACCCAUCAACGUACCAAAACAUGUCCAACGAACAAGUAGAUUGGGCCGCUUUGGCCCAACAAUGGAUCAUAAUGAAGGAAGCAGGCCCACCACCUGUCAUUUCCAGUGAAAAAGCCACAAAAAAUGAAGGGGGCGAAGCCCCCAUGGAUGUUGAAGACAAAGACGAAUCAUUAGAAUGGAACCCCCAGAAUGAAUGGGGUUGGAAUGCGCAGAACCAGUCAUGGGGUUGGACACCUCCAAUGGGUGUACCACCGCCUGUGGCCCUAAAGCCCCCUUUAUUGCCCACACCAGCCAACUUUAAUUACAAUGCGCCCCCUGAAAGUGUCAACGAUAAUGCGAAUUUCACAGGGUACUCCACAGUGCCCCAAAACGACUAUUCAUCGGGUUAUUGGACUUCCGCCGGAAGUUCAAAACAAGUAAAGCCUCACAAUCGACGAUUUAGUAAAGUUAAUGUCCCACGACCGGUACAACCCCUAAUUAAUGAAACACAGCCAACUUUGGAUGCUACAAAACGUAAACAAUUGCCGGCAUGGAUACGUGAAGGAUUGGAGAAAAUGGAACGUGAUAAACAAAAACAAUUGGAACGUGAAAAGGAAAAACAAGAGAGAGAGGAAUAUAACGAAAAAAUGAAACAGAGUGAAAAAGAAACUAUGGAGAUAUUAAAAUCGACGAUUAAAGAACAACAAAAGUGUAAAUUUGAGAGUGAUGUCGAAUCGGAGGAAGAGGAUAAGAAGGCUAUGUAUCCGGAACCAGUAUUGACACCUGCUGAACAAAUGAUGAACGUGAGAAGGACCAUGACUGAAAUUCUACUCAAGGUUACCAACCGCGAAAUUGAAAAUAUCUGUCGUGAGGAAUUGCAACGUUAUCACAAAAAACAUAAAGCUUCAGAUCGUCGCGUUUCUGCACCCAGCGGUGCCAACGUAACGACAAAACUUGGUUUGGGGAUUUACGGCGGUUCAGAGAGCAGCAGUAGUGACAACAGUGGUGACGAAAAAUCCCCAGAAAGGAAAGAUUCCGACACGGAAUUGAAGGACAGUAUUAAGCGCAAAAAGGCGGAAUUCAGUAAAACCGAACGCGAAAUCGAGGAUAAGUUGGCUAUGGCCGCUGAAAAGAAACAAUCACCGAUCACACGUUCCCCCACUCCUGAAACAAAAGAUAAUCACAACACACAGGUAGACACGAAAUCUCAAGGUCGUAAACAAAGUACGAAAAAACGUGUUCGGUCAUCGUCGUCGAGUUCAUCACGAAGUCGAUCGACAACACCCGAAAAAAGUCGACGUAAAAAACGCUACUCGCGGAGGAGUAGGUCAAGGUCAAGGUCAUCAUCUUAUAGGAGACGGAGGUCGAGGUCACGUCGUCGAAGUCGGAGGUCGAGGUCACGGAGCGGUGGUAGGGGUAAGAGGUCGCGACGGCGCUGAAUCAUGUAUGUGACUCGAUUCGAUUUUGUUUUGUUGUAUAUAAGUGUCUUCCUAGCAAUAAACUGUUUAGUUGAGUAAAUUAUUAAAAUGUAACGAUUUUUAUUUGCGAAAUAAAUAGUUUGCUCGCCUUA